GGCUGCAGAGCCGAUUUUUGUGGAUGACCUGCUGCUUGGAAUCAAUGCUCAUAGAGGACUCAAGAAAGAAAAAGAAAAAGAAAAAGAAAAAAAGGGUGCUGUACCUUUAAAUUCUGAAAGUGAACUUGGCUCAGGAAGGCCAGCAGUCAAGGUCCAGCCCCUAGAAGAGAGAAGAGCUACAGACUCUCCAUCCUCGGUCUUUGCACGGGGACGACCGUGCCAGCCGGCUCGGCAGGCUCCUGGCAGCAUGGCGGCACUGCUCCCGGCCCUCCUGCUGGCCCUCGCCCUGGGCCUGGCCCAGCCAGCCGCUGCCCCCCGGAAGCUGCUGGUGUUCCUGCUGGAUGGCUUCCGCUCGGACUACAUCGGCGACGAGGCCCUGGAGUCCCUGCCCGGGCUGAAGGAGAUUGUGAGCCGGGGGGUGAAAGCGGACUACCUGACCCCCGACUUCCCCACGCUCUCCUAUCCCAACUACUACACCCUGAUGACCGGCAGACAUACUGAGGUCCACCAGAUGAUCGGGAACUACAUGUGGGACUCCAACACCAACAAGUCAUUUGACAUUGGUGUCAACAAAGACAGCCUGAUGCCACUCUGGUGGAAUGGGUCAGAACCUCUGUGGGUCACCCUGACCAAAGCCAAGAGGAAGGUCCACAUGUACUACUGGCCAGGCUGCGAGGUUGAGAUUCUUGGUGUCAGACCCACUUACUGCCUGGAAUACAAAACUUCCCCAACAGAUAUCAAUUUUGCCAACGCAGUCAGCGAUGCUCUCGACUCCCUCAAGAGUGGCCGCGCUGACCUGGCCGCUGUCUACCACGAGCGCAUCGACGUGGAGGGCCACCACUACGGGCCCUCGUCGCCGCAGACGAAAGACGCCCUGAAGGCCGUGGACACCGUGUUCAAGCACAUGGCCCAGUGGAUCCAGGAGCGGGACCUGCAGGACAAGCUCAAUGUCAUCAUCUUCUCUGACCAUGGGAUGACGGACAUCUUCUGGGAGGACAAAGUGAUUGAGCUGAAGCAGCACGUCAGCCUGGGGGACCUGCAGCAAGUGAAGGACCGAGGGCCCCUUGUGAGCCUCUGGCCGGCCCCUGGGAAGCACGCGGAGAUUUACAACAAGCUGAGGACCGUGGAGCACAUGACCGUCUACGAGAAGGAAGCCAUCCCGAGCAGGUUCCACUACAAGAAAGGGAAGUUCGUCUCUCCCCUGACCUUACUGGCCGACGAAGGGUGGUUCAUAACGGAGAGCCGAGAGCAGCUUCCGUUCUGGAUGAACAGCACCGGCAAGAGAGAAGGCUGGCAGCGUGGGUGGCACGGCUACGACAAUGAGCUCAUGGACAUGCGGGGCAUCUUCCUGGCCUUCGGACCCGAUUUCAAAUCCAACUUCCGAGCCGCCCCGAUCCGCUCCGUGGACGUCUACAACCUCAUGUGCCGCGCGGCCGGCAUCACCCCGCUGCCCAACAACGGGUCCUGGUCCCGGGUGAUGUGCAUGCUGAAGGGCCCGGCCAGCCCUGCGCCGCGGCCUCUGCCCCCCGGCCUGGCCCUGGCCUUGACUCUGCUCUUGUUCCUUCAGUAGCUGCUCCUCCCUGUCCCAAACACUCGGCCAAGGGGGCCUUCACAGGGAACAGUUUUAUGUCCUAUUUGAGUAAUAGCUUCUUGAACGCAAUCAAGGCCACACACACUGCCAAUAUUUUAUUCUUGGAUGAUUCUAUACAUAAAAAAAAAUCCCUACUUCUUAAAAAAACAAA